AUGAUGCAUCAGAAAACUGGAACUUCUGGAGUUUCAGCAAGAUGGGUUUUUCUUCUCUGCAUUUCUAGCUUCGUCCUUGGUGUUCUUGUCGUUAACAGGAUAUUGGCAACUUCUGAGACCAUAGAUGGAAACGAGAGAGCUUCUUCAUCUGAGCAGAAUGAUCAAUCUAGAUCACUUCAUCCUCUUGAGGGAGACAUUCUAUCUCGAGUUACGCAUACUCAUGAGGUUAUCAAGACAUUAGACAAGACGAUCUCGUCUCUAGAAGUAGAACUAGCCACAGCUCGAGCAGCAAGAUCUGACGGUGGCGAUGGAUCUCCAGCUGUUGCAAAAUCAGCAGCGGAACAGUCGAAUCAACGGCCUCGUAUGUUCUUUGUGAUGGGAAUCAUGACUGCUUUCAGUAGCAGGAAACGAAGAGACUCAAUAAGAGGAACGUGGCUUCCUAAAGGAGAUGAACUGAAAAGGCUAGAGACAGAGAAAGGAAUCAUUAUGCGAUUUGUCAUUGGUCACAGCUCUUCUCCUGGUGGAGUCUUGGACCACACCAUUGAAGCAGAAGAAGAGCAGCACAAAGACUUCUUUCGUCUGAAUCACAUAGAAGGGUAUCAUGAAUUAUCAUCUAAAACCCAAAUAUACUUUUCAUCUGCUGUUACAAAAUGGGAUGCAGACUUCUACAUCAAAGUGGAUGAUGAUGUUCACGUAAAUCUCGGAAUGCUUGGCUCUACAUUGGCUCGUCACAGAUCAAAACCGCGAGUGUACAUCGGUUGCAUGAAGUCUGGACCUGUCCUAGCUCAAAAAGGAGUCAAAUACCACGAGCCAGAGUAUUGGAAGUUUGGUGAAGAAGGAAACAAAUACUUCAGACACGCUACUGGUCAAAUCUAUGCAAUCUCCAAAGAUUUAGCAACUUAUAUCUCAGUAAACCGGCAACUACUUCACAAAUAUGCAAAUGAAGAUGUCUCUUUGGGAUCUUGGUUCAUUGGUCUUGAUGUUGAACAUAUCGAUGAUAGAAGCCUCUGCUGCGGAACACCCUUAGAUUGUGAGUGGAAGGGCCAAGCAGGGAACCCUUGCGCAGCAUCGUUCGACUGGAGCUGCAGCGGAAUCUGCAAGUCUGUGGAUAGAAUGCUUGAAAUACACCAACGUUGUGGAGAAGGCGAAGGAGCAAUUUGGCACACCAGUUUCUAAAACUAUAAAAAGCUCUUUGAAUUAGUAAUGUAUAGCGUCAUCUUCUUCUUCUUAUGGAUGAUUAGUGUAGGUUUGAUGAUUAUGAUUAUGAUGUUCAUGUUUAAACAUUACAGGGAUAUCAUUUAAAGCCCCGAUUUUUGCUUCAUUAAUCCUAAACCAUAAUUUUAUGUUGAAUGAUUCUUGCAAAGUUG